CUUUUUGGUAUUACUAGAAGAUGCUGCUACAAAGAUACAAAGUUACACCACUGUCGCAAAUUAGGCACUUGUCUCAAAUUUGGUUCCUUUCCUCUAUGUUAUAUAUUGUCGGUAUACCGUGCCAUUGUCCGUCAGAAAUACGAGUACGCCUCGUCCCUUUCCUUUUACAGAAUCAGAAAUGAUCUGACAACAUUGCUAUUUUAGGUUACAUUCAAGAUGCUUAAAAAAAUACCUCCCUUAUUUUCCAAGAAAUACCUGCAUAAGUGGUUUUCUACCCAAGCAAAUCAUGUUAAAAGUAAGGAAUAUCCUAAAAGGAUCUUCUCUGGGAUUCAACCAACUGGUGCCAUUCACCUGGGCAAUUAUUUGGGUGCCAUUUCACAAUGGGUAAAAAUGCAGAACAACAAUGAAGACAUCAUACUAAGUGUUGUUGACUUACACUCCAUGACCCUGCCCCAUGUAAAUAUUUCGAUGAACUAUUAGAAACUCACAUUAUGUGUGAACAUCAUUUAAAUUUAAAAAAAUCUGGGUGUGACAAUACAAAGGGUACUAUAAGAGUUUUGCAAUACAGCUUUAUUUUUAGACUUCGUUCAAAGUAAUUUCCACCACAUUGCUGCAAACCUCUGCAAAGUCCUUAAACCAGUUUUGCCAAGUUUCACCCGGGAGUGCGGCACACUCUUGCCAAGCCCUCAGAAGGUCCUCAUCGCUAGAAAACCGUUUUCCUUUUAGCUUCAUUUUUACAUGUGGAGGCAGUGCAAAAUCGCAGCUAGCAAGAUCUGGACUGCAAGGGGGGUGCUCAAUAAGUUUCACUCCAGUAGUGGUAAAAUACUCGGUGCAGGUACCAAGUGUCCUUUCUUGACUUUGGCCGCAGGUGCUUCAUAGACUUAGGCAGGCACUGUUCCAAGCACCACUUAGCUAUGACUGUCUUCUGCAUGUCCAAACGACAAUCCCCACAAUCCCGCACAGUUUGAAAAAUAUAGCUAUCAUCAUAGCUUAACAGAUCUGGAUUUUCUGACAGCUAUGGGUGUGUCUUUACCAUCAAAAAUACAAACUUUUUUUGUGCCUUCAUCGGCACAUCAUAAUAAUAGAGCCAAGUCUCGUCACCUGUGAGGAUGCUGUUCACAUACCAAGAUUGCCCCUUAUCAAACAUUUUCAACAUUUUUCGACACAUACGACGAGUCUUCUGCUCUUCCAUCAGACUAUGCAGUACCCAGAAAGAAGAAAGUUUUCUUACAUGUAAAUGGUCAUGCAGAAUUGAAUGAAUUGUUGGUGCAUGAAGGUAUGUAUCUGUGUAUCUGUUGGUAUGUCACUCUCCGCUCUUCGUCAAGCAUUUUCCUCACAGCAGUAAUGUUUUCCUCUGUUACUGACGUUCGCCGCCUUCCAUCCCUCCCAGUGUCCUCCAGAGUGAAAUCGCUCCUUUGGAAUUAUCUGUAGCCCCUGAAUAUAGUCGUACGAUGAGGACAAUCAUUCUUUAAUGCGUCAUCUCUUCGAAAAACCCUGGUCUAUGCUUAAAUUACGCGUAAAGUUAUACCGUAAAACUGCCCUUAUCUCAUAGUCUGCACUUUGAUAUGCCAAAUUUUUUUUGUUUAUAAAAAUGUAUGACAUAAAUGCAUGUCAGCCAUGUGUGUUAGUCCAGUUAACUCAGACUGAGACUUCUAUAAACAAAUAAAAUUGUAUUAAACAGAAAAAUUUAGAAAAAGUUAUGUGAGUCAUUGAUACUGAG